AUGGCUACUGCUCAGGUAUCAACGCCCCUCAAGAGCCAUCAUGGCAUCUUCAACACAAGGACCGCGGGCGGUCGCAUGCCUCUCACACCAUCCCCCCACACUCGGACCACGAGCAUGACCUCCAAUAACUGCUCUCCCUCGACACCUCCGCGAGGGGACUCAAUCCACAAGUCUAGAGACCCAUCGGCCUUCUUCGCUCGUUCCGCUUCCCGCUCGGUGUCAAAGUUCGCGUAUGCCAACUCCCCCAAGUCCAAUAUCGCCCGCAGCAGGCUGUCACCGAAGCAGCUCGAGCUUGGUGUGUCUGACUGGACUUUGACGGGUACUGGGCCUGCUACCAAUGCCACACCUUCAAGAGAGAAGUCAAGGAAGGACAAUGCGCUGCGCUCAAGAGCUGGCAAGACCACCAUCAGACUUCCACACAACGCCGCAGAUCGGUUCAUUCCGAACCGCAAUGCUAGCGAGGGCCUGAAGACUGCUGGCUCAGCCAAGGGUGACGAGAACAGACCAAAGACCAGUGAGGGCUCGACAGUCCUUGCCAAUGCCGCUAGCGCCUUCGACAUCUCGGCCCGCGGUGCUGAUGCCGACAUCACUUCUGCACUUGAAGGCCUAGGUCUUGAGGACGACGUCCCUUCAUACAGCAAGCCAAACCCGGAUGCUACCGCUUACGAGUCCGAGCUUGCGUCUGCUUGCGGCAUCUCUACCUCUCAGCGUAUCCUGGCCUUCAAGCCUGCGCCCCCCGAGUCCUCGAAGCCCAUUGACCUGCGUUCGCAAUACAAUCGCCCUCUGAAGCAGGCCAAUACCCAGUCAGCUCAAUUCCGUCGUCGCAUCCAGUCUGCUCCCGAGCGUGUGCUCGACGCUCCUGGCCUUGCCGACGACUACUAUCUCAAUCUUCUUGACUGGAGCUCUGGCAACCAAGUCGCAAUCGGCCUGGAGCGCAGCGUCUACGUCUGGUCUGCCGAGAGUGGCUCGGUCAGCUGCCUCCUCGAGGCCCCCGCCGACACUUAUGUCAGCAGCGUCAAAUGGUCCGGGGAUGGCGCCUAUGUUGGCGUUGGUCUUGGCUCAGGCGAGGUGCAGAUCUGGGACGUGGAGGAGGGCAGCAAGCUGCGCAGCAUGUUUGGACAUGACACGCGUGUUGGCGUUAUGGGUUGGAACAAGCACACCCUCUCCACAGGUGCCCGCAGCGGGCUUGUGUUUAACCACGAUGUACGAGUGGCCCAGCACAAGGUUGCGGAGCUCGUGUCGCACACUUCCGAAGUAUGCGGCCUCGAGUGGCGCUCUGAUGGAGCUCAACUGGCUACUGGCGGGAACGACAACCUGGUCUCAAUCUGGGAUGCUAGAUCCCUUGCGGCGCCCAAGUUCGCCAAGAAGAAUCACCGUGCGGCGGUCAAGGCGCUUAGCUGGUGCCCCUGGCAGCUAAAUCUUCUCGCUACUGGAGGAGGAGCCAAUGACCGACACAUCCACUUCUGGAACACCACGACGGGUGCACGGGUCAACAGCAUCGACACGGGCUCCCAAGUCACGUCCCUCAAGUUCAGCAACCACUAUCGUGAAUUGGUGAGCUCGGGCGGCUUCCCCGACAACUCGCUUAGCAUCUGGAGCUAUCCAACCUUGGUGCGCAACGUGGAGAUUCCGGCUCACGAGUCGCGCGUGCUGCACAGCUGCUUGAGCCCCGAUGGACAGAUGCUAGCCACUGCCGCGGCGGAUGAAUCACUGAAGUUCUGGAAGGUCUUUGAGCGCAAGGCUGGUGUGAGCGCCUCGGCGUCUCGGGAAGGCGGCGUGGGCAAGGGUGGGAAUAUGGCCAAACAGAUGACCAUCCGAUGA